AUGAAGAUGUGGAUGUUCAGCGGGUCAGUCGUCGAACUACCUGCAAAACUUCGUUACCGAGGAUACAGUAUGAUUUUAAUGUCGAUAUGGGUGGGUUACACAGAACCACAACCACAUUUAUGGCUAAAAACGAUCAUCAAUGAACUGGAUCACAUUAAAAAACAAGACACUAUUAUUAAAAAGAUUGAUUACCGGUUGAAAAUAUAUGGGAUCACCGGAGAUUGCCCAGCAUUGAAACUGAUUUUAAAUUUUACUGGUCAUGGGCGCUAUUACUGUUGUUGGUUUUGUUAUUUGAAAGGUGAACAUAUCGGUGGCAAGCGUCAAUAUCGUCAUGAACAAGAAGUAACCAUGAACCAGGAACAAGAAGUAACCAUGAAUGGGCCCUAUGAUCAAUCAUCUACAUCGGCAAGUGGUUGCAAUCAGAUGGACAAAAUUCAUUCUUUACUGUGUGCUUGCGAUCAAUUGAAUUCUUGUUGUGUUAUCUAUCGUCGAUUCAUCAUUCAUGAUCAAAUGUUUCAUUCGUUAAACUAUCAUAAACGACAAAAUUCCGUUAGUUAUUUUGUCCAAUAUUUGUUCGCUAACGAUGUCGAAGAUCGUCGAUUCGGUAGUAUUGAAUUAUUUUUUACUUGUAACAAUCUCGAUUAUGCUAUUAUUAAACACUAUCGUAUUAAACGGUUAUACAGCGAUUAUUUAGCACAAUCUCGUUAUUAUCGUUUACUGAAAAAGCCGUUAGAUUCUCUAUUUUUUAUUUUAGAGAAAGAUCAUUGUCAAAUCGAUGUUGUUAAAACUGAUUUUAUUUUAAAUCAUUGUAUUAUAACUAGUGUUUAUUGUUAUACAUUUACAAUGGCAAACAAAAGUACCCAACAAUCAAGCAAAGGAAGAUCAAUAAAACCAAAACCCACUUAUUCACCGUCAGAUCCUAUCACAUCAACGAAACAGUAUUUGAUUAAUUAUGAUGAUACAAGAAGUUAUAGCAUCGCUGGAAAUUCAGGUAUAAAAAGAAUUACAAAUGAUGGUAAAGUCGUGCUGAAUAAUGGUCGUACAGCAAAAUUAAUUAUGUCAGGUACAAAAGAUGAAUGUGAAGAAGAAUGGAUGAGUCAAACACAAUCACCACAAGAUGAUGCCGAUGCGGAUCAAGAUGAUGACAAUAUCGACAGAUCAUCACAACAAAUGUUACAAAUGCCAUCAAAUACCUCUCGAACACCUGCUCCUUUUCGACGUCGAAUAACAUUAACAAAUAAUCGUCCUGGUUCGCUGACUCGUUCACUUAUUUCGGUUUCAUCAAGACGUUCGACAGAUCAAAAUCGUUCAACAUUUACAAUGACACGUAACGAUCGUGUCAAUGGUCCAGCUGGCAGUCUGAAUCCAACACGUACAAACAUAGGAUCAGACGAAGGAGAAGAUAUGGAUACAAGUGACAAUGUUCCACUGAGCCGUUUGUUCCAAGAAUUAUAA